UCGCGAUAGGUUGAAGCGGAAGACACUUAGACGAAGUCAUCGACAGGCGCUCGUGUUGUGCUGACAGUAGCGAUGGGUGGAUAACAGCAAUUUUAUUUCUAACACACUUACCACUAAUAAGGACUUAGUGGUCUUUUUUUUUUGUAGCGAAACCCCCCUCUUUAAAGUGUCUUUCAUGUUAUUUUCUUCACAUUGGUUGCUUGAAGACUUCCAGCUGGCGAAUCGCAUCAAUUGUCCCGGAGGGUCCUCGUCGCCCUCUACUCCUUUCACGUCAGCUCUUUAGAAAAAUGACCGGAGAGAAGAUCCGAUCGCUGCGAAAGGAUCACAGACCCAGUCAGGACGAUGACUUGUUGGAACCUGACGAAGAAGCAGCCACCGGAACGUUCACCGCCUGCAAGACAAACAGCCAAAGCAGGGCGAGUCGAAUCUUCAGUAACCACAAGUUGGUCAAGUCAGCAUCCACGCAGCAGCAACAGCAAAAACGGAACCAGCACCUCAACGCCAACAGCACGCUGUCAUCAGCCGAUGUUGUUGACGACAACAACAAAAAUCCCAUCAUCCGAAGUGGACAGGACUUUCCGGUCCACGAAUGUGUGUUCAAAGGCGACGUGCGACGCCUUUCAUCGCUUAUACGGACUCAAAACAUAUCCCAGAAGGACAUCCAUGGAAACACACCUUUGCAUCUGGCUGUCAUGUUGGGGCACAAAGAAUGCGCCCAUUUGUUGCUGGCCCACAAUGCACCAGUGAAGGUGAAGAAUGCUCAAGGAUGGAGCCCCCUUGCAGAGGCUAUUAGUUACGGAGACAGACAGAUGAUAACGGCGCUGCUGAGGAAGUUGAAGCAACAAUCUAGGGAGAGUGUCGAGGAAAAGAGGCCAAAGUUGUUAAAUGCACUGAAAGAGCUUGGAGACUUUUACUUGGAGCUUCAUUGGGACUUCCAAAGUUGGGUGCCUCUGCUCUCCAGAAUUCUUCCUUCGGAUGCAUGUAAGAUCUACAAACAGGGACUCAACAUCAGACUUGACACAACCUUGAUCGACUUUACCGAUAUGAAGUGUCAACGCGGUGACCUGAGUUUCAUCUUCAACGGCAACGCCAUUCCUUCGGAGUCCUUUGUGGUGCUGGACAACGAGCAGAAAGUCUACCAGCGGAUACACCAUGAGGAGUCUGAGACAGAGACGGAGGAGGAAGUGGACAUUCUGAUGAGCAGCGACGUGUACUCGGCCACGCUCUCCACCAAGUCCAUCACCUUCUCUAGAUCACAAACCGGAUGGCUCUUCAGAGAAGACAAGACGGAACGUGUUGGAAACUUUCUGGCCGACUUCUACUCUGUGAACGGCCUGGUGCUUGAGUCCAGGAAGAGGCGGGAGCAUCUGAGCGAGGAGGACAUCUUGAGGAACAAAGCCAUCAUGGAGAGUCUGAGCAAAGGAGGGAACCUCGUUGAUCAAAACUUUGAGCCUGCGAGGAGGCAAUCUCUAACCCCACCUUCACCCUGCGCCAUAUCCUGGGAAGAAUACAUCACUGCUGACAAUGGAAAAGCUCCUCAUCUGGGCAGAGAGCUGCUGUGCAAAGAGAGCAAGAAAAACUUCAAGGCCACCGUUGCCAUGAGUCAAGACUUCCCCCUGAGCAUCGACUCGUUAUUGAAUGUUCUAGAGGUGAUUGCACCCUUUAAGCACUUUAAUAAACUCAGGGAGUUUGUUCAGAUGAAGCUCCCUCCAGGUUUUCCUGUCAAGCUCGACAUCCCAGUCUUUCCUACCAUCACAGCCACCGUGACUUUUCAGGAGUUUCGCUAUGACAGCUUUGAUGAAAGCAUUUUUACCAUCCCCGGCGAGUUCAAAGAAAACCCCAGCCGCUUCCCUGACCUUUAACCCACCCUUCAUCAGGUUGGUGGCGAGGUGGAUGUUUAUGAUGCAACAUUUCACUACACAAACAUUAACUUUCUCCCUGACACCCUUACGUAGGAUUGCCAACCGUCCCUUGAAAAAUGCAAUCGACAAACAUCCGAUAUACGUACAUGGAAUAUUUUUGGGUUGUAAACAAGUACAAUUUGACAAGUUCAGAUGGCUGACCUCCCCAAUGUUAAAGCAGCAGUAGCUUUGUCCUCAGAUGUGUGAAACAAAGGUUCUGCUGAACUCAUUAAAGGCGAGCUCGUUGUGAGCCUCAAUUACGGCAUGUCUAGCUCAGAGUUUUACUCUGCAGUAGCCAAAGAGAAACCGCUCCUCAUAGUAGUAAAUUUCUAAAUGGAAAAAAAAAUAAGCUGCCUCCACACAAUGUGGCAUUGCGCUGUUCAUAAGUUACACGAUAAAUGUUUUGCUUAUUAUUAUUUAUUUUUAUAUACACAUUUAUACAGUUUUAAGUUAAACAGGAAAUGUUUCUGUUUGAAAGAUAAGUUCAUUUUAAAAUCCAGUAAGUUUCUGAAUAACUUUUGCAUGUGUUCAUAGCAUUUAAAAAAAACAUGCAUCUUAUUCACUAUUAAUUUGUUAAAAAAUUGUUUCACCCACAAAGAAUUUGCCCCAAAAAAAUCACUUCAGUAAAGGCAAUUAGGUCGGCCGUCCCUGCUGAUGAGGUGUCUCUUGAUUUUUCAGGGAGUGGGCAACCCUACCCUUUCAGUCUCUAACUUCUCCCUAACCUCAACUCAAUGAACAUCUCCACGGCUAGCUGAACAAAAAAAAAAAAAAGCAGUACAGUAUUUAAAGCCAUUUUUCCACCACGUGGGACAGGAGGGAUUGAAUGAUAAUUUGACAUCAUUGCAACGGGACACUACUUAUUCAUGUUUUUACAUCUGUACUGUAUUUAACGGUAAUUUCUUCCUGGCACGUGGAAAGCAAACUUUUUUUUGUGUGUGUGUACGGGGGGGGGCACAAUUUGUUGUCUUAUUCAACCAAUCAACAAACUGCGCUGCAUUUACAGCCGCCCUUUAGGUACCAUACCACUGGCAUGGUGUGCCCAAAAAAGUGGUACGAUACCAGUCACUUUUUUAAAUACACUGCCCAUUUUUGACAAUGAAAAUACAAGCCAAACAGUGUUUGUUUCACUUGUACUUGUUUAAAUUUGUAAAAAGUGUGCGAGUGUUAAAACACUUAUUUUGACUAAGAGACAAGUGUGUGUGUGGUACUGGGCUGCCAACACGCAGGAAUCAUAUGCAGAGUUGUAUAUAAGUGAAUACAAAUUUUAGCUGUGUAAGAACUGAUCCUUUAUGUGUUUAACAAGUUCACAAGAUGCACUCGCACCCAUUAAAAGAUAUUACCGUAAAGGGUGUUCCCCUAAAGAAAUGACAUUUCACUCUAUUAAUGUCGGAAAUUCUCAGUCAAAUAAUGUUAGGUAUUAUCGAGAUAUCUAAAAGCUAACCGAGUUUAAGUUUAGUGUUACUUUUAUAUUGAUUUUGUGUGCUGCAAACUCACUGGAAAGUAGCUUUGGACAGAGCACAAAAAAAAUGUCACGACUUGUCACUAGCGUUAACGGUAUGUGUAUUGAAUAUUUGUUUAAGCUUUGUAAAAUUGAUUAAAUAAUCUAGUAUAUCUGUUCUAAUAUGUUUAAUUAUGUUUUGCCUGAGACGUGUUCACUCAGAUAUUGCAAGGGAUGUCAUUUUGGGGGGGAAACACCCUGUACUUCGACAGAUUUUUUGAUUAGUCGAUCAUCAAAUUCACAAAAUUCACUUCUUCUGCAUCUUUGUGCUCUGUUUUUAAAUACACAACUCUCAACCUUAAAAAGUGGCAUUUAAAAUGUUCAUACUGAAGCAAUGCUAUAAAUGCUGCAGGUUUUUUUAUGGUACCAUGUAGUCUGUCUGAUGUUUAUAUCACCUUUAUACGCUUUAAAAGUGGGGUUAUAUAAAUUAGUAGCUGUUGUAAGCAACAAAGGAUUGUUCUUUGGGUUAGUUUUCAUUUUACACAAACAAAAGCCUUUAAUCUGCACAAUCUGUACAUGUUCUUGGGAGUCACAGUUUCUUCCUUUUGGUGUCCUCUUGUGUUCAACUCAAGUUGAGCAUUUUCCAUAUUGUGUCACAUGACUUGAUUCAACAUUGGAUUGUAACAUGGUGGAAGUUACUAUUUUUGUAUAUAGAUGUUUUUAAAGAAAACGUAUCUCUUAA